AAGCCCUAAAUCAACUCCUGGGUCAACUUGAAGUGAAUGCAAUGAAGAUCGUCUGCCUUAAAUCCUUUACCAUCUUGGUGGUGAUCUCGUUGAUGAUCAACCUCAGCAAUACACCAACUGUUAAGGCUGGCCCACUAUCUGCAACAGGUUGCAUUUUGGGUUGCAUUUCCUGUGCUUGCGCGGCUGCUAAAGAAUUAUGUAAGUUCUCACUUAUAUAUUUGUUUAAUAAUUUUAGUGACGUCCAUUCACGCAGUCAGUUACAAACAAUUUGUAAUAAUAUUUCAAUAAGAUUCCCCUGCCCCUUCCCCCGAAAAGGUUGAAUUCCCACACUAGCUUAAUCUUUUCUCACUUAUUAUCAAUUGUUGUCAAUAAUCGAGGGGACCGGUGUCCUACCUUGAUUUUUUACAUGUGGUUAACAUUUAGAAUGUUCAUUCAAAUAGUUUCUGCAAAAACUGUGUGGUGGAAUUUCUUGUAAUUUAUAAAAUCCUUUUUUAAUACAGCUAACUUUCCAGAUUUUUCUAAUACUGACAAGCAAAAUGCAGAAUUAAGGGAGCUUUUGAGGUGUUGCCAUGGUAACUGCUAUGGCGUCAUAAACAUUUCUAAAGUAUUACCCAAUAACAUAGUUCUAAAUGUAUUCAUACUUUGCCCGAAUGAGCGUAACAACUUUCCUGAAAUCGGAAAUCCUUAAUCGAACAGUAGGACAACUCUUUCGAGCCUCCGUACUGUUUUUGUCAUUUUGCAAGACAGAAAAUUUUCCCCACAUCAACUGCACUAAAAUUAUGGGGUGGACUUCAUCAUGCUAUAAAUUAUGCCAAAACUUUAGGCUUAUGCCUUUUGGGGUGGGUCGUGACCCUAAAGACCCCUAGUUUAGUCUAGAUUUACUUAAGCCAGGUGAAAAUAAAGAUCCCUAAGACCCAAAGACUCGCCCUUAUAGUUUAAGUCUGAUAAUGAUCCAACUCUCAGACUCUCACUCAUCCUCGGAGACCUAGUGGCGAAAGUUUACAAGGGGUCGCAAGAGUGCCCCUGGGGUGCUACACUGAAAUGACCAGGUCCACGAAUAUGUUUGCAUAUUUUACCAUUUUUUUAAGCUUAAAUAUCUCGGGAACUACGACAAAUAUUUGAAAAUGGAAAACGACGUUUUUAAUCUUACAUGAAGUACUACAUGAUCCAUUAAAAUAAAAAACAAGGUGUAAAAAGUUGAUUAUAGUAGCACUUUAAAAAAAUGUCAAAUGGUUGUUCCUGCAGGCCUUCCCUUUGGGAUAGUACUGGCAGGUCCAUUGGGGAUCCUAGCUUCUGCAGGUUGUUUCAUAGCUGUAGGAGGGGGAUGUGGUGCAUGUGUCGCUAGUUGCUUGGGUCUAGGAGCAACUCCAACGCCAUAAGGCUUGUUCAAAGAAGACACUCUUAGAGAGGAUUAGAAAUCUUUCCACAGCUU